UUGUUGAUUUUUCUUACGAUUUUCUUUAUAUGUAUUCAUCAAUUGGAUAUAAUUGUCGAAAGAAUAAUUUAACUUAAUUUUAUUAGAAACUUGAAUCGGUUCGUUGCCAUCCAACUAUAUUCGUGAAAGAAACAUAACUCUGUAUUGUAUAGAAAGAAUCUAGCGUAUUAUCGAUUGGUCUUCUUUCAUUCACCCCGUCGAAACUUGUAAGGUUUUUAAAGGAUACGUUAAACGUUAUUGAUCUCCGAAGAACAUUUCUUAAGAAUUACAAAGAUCGAAUAUUAUUCUACAAGAGAGAGAAAACAUGAUCGUCAACGACGAUCGUUUAACCAACUCAUAAACAGGUCUAAUUAAAUUUGCAAGUUGAUUAACGCCAGUACUAAAUGUCUCGGUCUCGGAUAUACGUUGCAUAACAUACGCAAACAAUACUGAAUACCGAAGUAACAAUUCGAUGUGUGCAUCAUCGUUGCGUAUCAGUAGAACGAAACCGAUCGGUAUUUAAACAACGAGAGUAAUUUUAUUUAUAAACGAGUUGAAAUAAAAGCGAUUGAAUACAUUUUAAAUAAAUGAGAUUAACAAUAUUAAACGAUCCAAUUUGAAGAAAAUAACUCUAUAAAAAAGCAGCCGACUUUGAAAUAUUAUAUCGAAAAAAAAAUAGCGUGUAUCAGCUUGAUAAAAAUAGAUAUCACUGAUCUCAAAGAGUACUCGCACUUUUACUCUUACGGAAAGUUACAUACGUUACUUACAAGCCCGAUAACGGUGACUUUCUAUAGAACCGUAUAAGUGCGCGGAUGUCAAACGACAUGUCCAUGGAAUAUAUAAUAGACAGGGCCUAUGUCUCUUGUGAGAGGUUUGAUUACGUGAUAGACGAUCGAAGAUGAACGGAUAAAAUUACUACAUGUGCUUAGAUCUCUCUUAUUUUAUCUCUCUAAAGAUUUAUACGACCCUUUUUAUAUCACUUUCCAAGAAUGUUCAAGCGUCAAAAACGGUCUGAUUAUUUUGAGAAAGGUAACGAUCUCGUUGAUAGAACACCAUCUUGGAUUCUACGGUUUCUGAGCAAGAAACUUCGACGCGUCGAACCAUACACAGGUCACUGUCCAACUCUUAAGUUUCGAGUUGGAAAAAGAUUUGGAGCGAACACGGAAGAAAUAAUGAGGGAGUUGCUAGAAAAGAAGAUCUUGAAAUCAGGGCCUUAUAGGCCGAAUUCCGGUAAGGACGUUGCGCUCGUUACGAUAUCUAAGGAGAAGGACAUUAGAAGAGAUUGGAAAAACGACGCACACUUGUAUAAAGCACCACCAUAUAUUUUAGGAUACACAGGAUACAUACCUGGCUUUAACAACAGGUACGGUCUUCCUUUUAUGAAGGCGGUCGAAGAGGGUGCAAAAGAAUGGCACGAAGUUCAAAGUAAACUAAGGGCACGUAGGGACGUGAUGAAAGCUCAGGCUGAAAGGACAGACUCAAGAAAUCUUUUAUCACGUGUUAGAGCUGAUAAUGUUGCCGUUGAGAUCGAUCAUGGUCAAGAACGAGAACGAGUUAUUUUCGAUUGUACUGUCUCUCCGGAGAAACCACCAAUCGUUGGCUACACAGGACACAUUCCUGGAGCAAAAGGUGAAGUUGCACUUUCUAAAGGAUACACUCAAGCUGCUAAAAAGGGUUUAGAAUUAGUAAGGAAGGAGCGUGAACAAAGACUGAAUAAAACGAAGGAUGUUCAUCCUGUUCAAAGGGUACUCGAUGCUGCUUGUGUCGAUGAAACUGGUCAUACGAGAGCGUAAAAGAAAAAAAGAACAAAAAAUUCUAUAUUUUAGGAAAUAUAUGUGUAUGUAUUAUAAUCUUUAUCUUUGAUACAAGAAUGAAGAUUUUGAGAAAAAAAAAAAGAAGAAAAAACAAUAUAAAAAUUUGUAAAUUUUGAUUUACAAAUGGUAAGCAUAUGUAUCUCUCUUCUUAUUUUUUUAGUCUAUAUGCCGAGAGUCUCUAUAAAAUAUUGAUUUUAUCAGUUGUAUCUUGGCUAUUAAAUAUUAGCCGCAAUACGUACUUAAAAUUCGCCGAUCGAUAUCUUAUGCCAGCAAAAGUGGAUCAAGUAUAGAUCGUGCCUUAUCCAUUUUAAUGUGGGAAAGAAGUUAAGAAUUAAGCACGAAAUAAACAAUAAAACUUUCUUUCUUCGUAGAAGAUUACGACGACGAUUAUUAUAUCAAAUAUAAAUACUUACUGUCCUCUUCUAUCGUCACUUUUACGAAAUGAAUACAUACUAUAUAUUUAUGAGAUAAUGGAGAUAAUUAAAAUAGCGAUGUUUUUUCAUUUUCAAAGGCUUUCCAAUUUUUCUCUAUAAAUAUUUCGAAGUAGGAUAUUUAUAUGAGCCGGUAAUUGUGUAAAAUGAUCCAAGUCAUAUAUUUCUCAUUUUGAGAUAUUUUAACAUUCGAGUUUGAAUUAUUUAAAAAUUAUUUUUCUAUAAUAACAAAGAGAAAAAGUAUUAUUAUAAAUUAUUAUAUACUUACUCUUAAAAAAUAAUUCUUUUAUAUCAUUUCAAAAGUUUCAAAAUGAAUUUAAAAAUAUGCGAGACAAAAAAAAUAUAUAUAUAUAUAUCUUUUAAUAUUUCGAAUGACUUGAACCAUUUUCAUAAUCACGAAUUUAUUUAUUCAAUCUAGGUUCGUUGCUCACAUAUCAAUUAGUGAUUUUCCUCGUGUCAACGCACUCCACGCCUAACUAUUCCGUCCAUUUACGAGAAAUGACUCUUUGUACAAACGAUUCUAGCCACAUCGAAAAAGAAUUCGUAUAUAAAGUUUCAUCAUCAAUCCUCACGCGCACAUUAACUAUUCAUAGAAAAGAAAUUCUUUAAAUGUUUCUGUUCGGAAACAUUGAUAAAGAAUAAACGAAAGAACGGUAUUUACGAACUAAUUCCAUUUCUCCUUUGUAAUUGGAUCUGAUAAGAUUUAUAUUCUGAAUCCAAUAUUUGAAAAGUGGAACUUAGUCAUUACAACAACAACAAAAAAAUAAACUGAUUCAAUAUUAUAAACAUUUUAAUUUUUUUUAAAGCAAUUCAUGAUUAUGAUCAAUGUCUCAUUUUAAUUAAAAAAAAAUUGUAAAAAUGUUACUUGUGUAUAUAAUAUUAUUAAUAAAAGGAUAACUUUCGUAUAAGAUAAUCAUAAUUGAAAAAUAUGUUAUUUUAAUGAAAAAAAAAAACUUUUAUAAAUAAAUAUUUAUCGACACAUAUACAUAUGUGUAUAGAACGACACAAUAAUGCUAUAUCAAAAGUCUAUAAUAAUAACGCACAAAUAUUAUCUCACUUAUAAUAUACAAAUAUAUGUAAUAUACCAUUUA